AUGCACCGCUUACGCUCGUCGGUUGCAUUAUGGUGUAUAUUCCUUCUUUCGUCGUUGGUAUCUGCUACACCUGCUGCGGAUCUCGGCUUGUUGGCUCGUCGUACCUCUCAGAAGGCGGUUGAAUGUGGUGUGGGUGCUCCGCACGGACGGGAGAAGUGCCCUGCCGGCCAAUGCUGCUCGAAAUUUGGAUACUGUGGCAUUGGCCCCGACCACUGCGGUAAAGGAUGCCAGAGUAAUUGUAUCACUGAGAAGUCGAGUAAGGCUACCCAAUGCAAGCCCAAUAGCAGUGCGGGUCGAACCGUCGGCUACUACGAAAGCUGGGCUAGCACGCGCCCCUGCGACGUAUACUUACCGUACAACAUCGACGCAUCGGCGUGGACACAUAUCAAUUUCGCGUUUGCAGUUCUGAAUGAUAGUAGCCAGAUUGCACCAUCGGCUUCCAAUGACACCGUCCUCUACAAGCAACUUAUGUCUCUGAAGCAGAAGAAUAAGAAUUUGAAGGUCUACAUAGCCGUCGGAGGAUAUGGCCUCGGCGCAAAGCCUUUCUCGACCAUGGUUGCCUCGAAGUCGACCCGGACCGCCUUCAUUAACUCUGCUUCCGCAUACAUGGACAAGUAUGGAUUCGAUGGCAUCGAUAUUGAUUGGGAAUAUCCAGCUGCUACUGAUCUGGGUGGUUCCUCCGCCGAUACAGCCAAUUUUGUGAGCUUGGCCAAGGAGAUGAGGGCUUCGUUGAAGAAUAAAGGAAUUACCAUCACAGUGCCGGCUAGUGCUUACUAUUUGAAAGGUUAUGACCUCAAGGCUAUGGAGCCCUACCUUGACUGGAUCAACUUUAUGUCCUAUGACCUUCAUGGAACGUGGGAUAGCCCUCUGCUAGCACAGCCCCAUACCAAUCUUACUGAAAUCGACGAAGCACUCGACUUGCUCUGGAACCAGGGCAUUAGUCCCGGCAAUGUGACUCUCGGGUUGGCCUAUUAUGGACACACAUUCACAUUGAGCAGCAGCUCUUGCACGAAGCCCGGAUGUGCUGCCUCAGGCGCCGGAACGGCUGGACCAUGCUCAAACUCGGCGGGUACGCUGAUCAAUGCAGAGAUCGACACUAUCAUUUCGCAAAACAACCUCAAGCCCGUGCUAGACAAGACCGCGGCUAUCAAGUACAUUACUUGGGGCGACAAGCAAUGGGCAUCAUAUGAUGAUAGUGAGACCUUUGCUUUGAAGAAGGCAUAUGCCAACAAGGAAUGCAUUGGUGGUACCAUGGCGUGGGCUCUGGAUAUGGCUUCGCUUAACAAGACCCAAGGUGUCUGCCGGGCCCAUCGUCGUUAUACAACGCUCUUAUCUUGAAAUACUCCUGGGUGCGUUUCGGUCGUAUCAGGCACGAGAUACAGCGCUAGCAACCACGACUUCGAAUUUUCGCUUUUCAAGGAACGUCGCUCGGCGAUAAUUCCACAUUGGAAGAUACCCACCCCUCGUUAUACCCCGAUAAAAAUUGUGACGCUGGAUACCUACUAAGGAUAGAUGGAAUCUUAGAGCGAUGGCUAAGAGGAGGAGAGGAUAUAGUUUUUUUUGCACCUGUAUGUAAUUAGGUAGUUCACAUAUCUAAGCGAUGCCCUUAACUACCGCUUAGGUAGUUAAUUAGUUAAGUACUAGUUAGUUAGUAAUCCCACAUAAUGCAGAUUUUACGAAUAGCA